AUGGCCGAUGAUGAAGACGUGAAGGAUUUGAAAAUUUUAUCUAUAAUUGGUUUCGAUGGUAGCAUACCUCAUGGGUUACAUUGUCACCCCGAUCAGAUUCACAUCAUUUAUCCAAUUGGAAAUUCAGUAACUAUUCAAAAUACUAAAACGAAACAACAAGAAUUUCUUAAUGGACACACAAAUACAAUAACAGCACUUACCGUUUCCCGUUCUGGAAAAUAUAUCGCUUCAGGGCAAAUUAAUCACAUGGGAUUUAAAUCAAUGGUGAUAUUAUGGGAUUUCGAAAGGAGAUGUUUAAUCGGAAAACAUGAAAUACACAAAGUUCGAGUUGAAUCUGUUAUAUUUACUUGUGAUGAUUCGUAUCUUGUUUCUUUGGGUGGUAGAGAUGAUACUUGUUUCGUCGUAUACGAUAUAAAAGAAAACGAACCUUUGUGUGGUGGUUUUGCAAAUGGUUCGAGUACGGGAAAUGCAUCAACUUUGUGCUGUACAAAUCGAAGAGGAGCUUGUUUUUUUACAGCUGGAGAUAAAACGUUAAGAUAUUGGAAGAUCGAUAAUAAACGAAGAAAAGCUCUCUUCACGGAAGUUAAUUUCAAUAAAAUAAAACGUCUUAUACAUUGCAUGGAGGUUGACAAAAAAGAUGAAUUCCUUUAUUGUGGAACUUCAACAGGAGAUAUUGCCAAAGUUUUCGUCGGAUAUCCCGAAGACGUUACACAAUUGGAACCCAAAAGACCGGCAACUUUGAUUGGUUGUUUUGGUAAAUACAUAGGUAAAAAUGCCAAAAUGCCAACCGGAUGCACGGCUGAAUGCUACAGUUUAGGUGUGAAGGCAUUAAUUUUAUUAGGCAAGGGUGAAAUAAUCGUGGGGGCCGGAAAUGGUUUGGUUGAACACGUUAAAGAACGAGACGAAUCUCAUUUAAAUGAUUAUGCGAAUUUGAGAGUUAAAGAUCCUUCCAUACCCAUGUUACUCAGUGUUCGUCAUCAUUGCGUCGAUUCCGGAGUGUCAUCAAUGAAAUUAUGGAACAAAGAUUUAAUUGUAGGUACCGAACAAUCAGAAAUUUUCAGCAUUAAUUUUGAAACUUGGAAUUUAAUACUAAAGUGUACUUGUCACACGACAGCUGUUUAUGAUAUAUGCUUUCCUAGUGAUUUUUCGGCAGUUUUUGCUACGUGUAGUAAAGAUACCGUUAGAGUUUGGAAUACGGAAACCUCACAAGAAAUGUUGAGAAUUAAUGUUCCCAAUUUUACUUGUUCGGGAGUUUCUUUUUACCAUAAUGGAAAGGGAAUAGUAACUUCUUGGAACGACGGUACCAUUCGAAGUUUUACACCUCAAACGGGAAAGCUCAUGUUUAUAAUUCAUAAUGCACACAAUAAAGGCGUGAGCGCAUUAAGCAUAACUAAAGACGCUUUGAAAAUAGUCAGCGGGGGUGGAGAAGGCCAAGUAAGAGUUUGGGACAUUAAACCAGAUGUACAAUCUUUAAGAGGUGUACUUCAAGAGCAUAAAGGACCGGUUUCGGCAAUACAUAUAAAUAAUGCCAACGAUGAAGCCGUUAGUGCCAGCACCGAUGGUUCUUGCAUCAUAUGGGACAUUAUAAGAUGCGUUCGUAAAAACAUUAUAUUCGCCAAUACGUUAUUUAUGGCCGUACGUUAUCACCCUUCGGAUUGUCAAAUUCUCACGACGGGAACAAAUAGAAAAAUUGCAUAUUGGGAAACAUACGACGGUUCUUUGAUUAGAGAUUUCGAAGGGUCGACAGCAUCCGGAUUGAAUACACUGGAUAUAACAGGAGAUGGGAAUUACAUAGUGACGGGAGGAAACGAUCAAAUGGUCAAGCUAUGGAAAUAUCAAGAAGGCAUAAAUACGCAUGUCGGUUUGGGUCACGCGGGAAUAAUAACCGCAGCAAAAUUUAGUCCCGAUAAUAAUUACAUAAUAACCGUAUCGGCCGACGGUGGUAUAUACCGUUGGCAAAAUCCCUACGCUCAAAAAGAAAGACAAAAAGAACCCAAGGAAACACCGGAUGUUAUUUCCGUUCAUUCCGAACCGAGCACGACAAAAGAGGCAAAAGAAAAAGAUCUCGAAGAAUGCAUAACAAAAACGAGAGAAAUAAAAUGCAAAUGCGGUUUGACAUCUUGCAAAUGCCCUAAAUUAUCCGUGACGACGACGAAAGCAUGCAAAUGUACAAAACCUAAAUGUAAAUGUACCUUAACCGUAGUUAAACCCAUCGUUAAAAAAUCUCAAUCUCAAUUACUACAUAGAAAAACGAUUAAGGUACCCAAAGACGACAUUGGUAGAAAUAAUAUUUACGGAGAUUAUUGCCUUAAUCCAAAAAAAAAAUAA